UGCAGCAGGUGCGUCGGCGCAAUCACGUCCUUCUUGGACACCUUUGAAUUCGAUGAGUUUAUAGCUGCAAAAGCUCUGCUUCUGCUCCAGCUAUACCAUCAGCAAGUGAUCGACGAGGAGCCCAGCCUGUCGCAUUACUCCCAGGCCAAGUUCAUGGCCAGUCAGGCAGCGCCUUUGUACAUAGCAGUCGGUCUUCCGGAGGGUGCCGCAGGCAUUCUCAUGGACUGCAGUUGGGGUGCAGUGCAGAUGAAGCUUCUUGACCGCAACGGGAUGCAAUCCCUUGCUGACAGGCUGGAAGUUGUGAUGCUCUCUUUCAAAGAGUGGGACCUGCCAGACUUCCGGAUGCAAUUUUACGAGCUUGUCGGCCUGACGCAGCUAGCAUGUUUGUACAGGGGCCUUCAAACGCAGAAGAAGGCGAGUCAGUGCUUUCCAAAGCUUAAGCAAGCGCUGGCUCAUCCAAAGCAGUGGCUUAGUCGCGCAUGCAAGGCCCGCAACCUUUUAGCAGCGUGGGACAUCAAGAUCGAUGAUCCAUGA